CGACGCCGAACUUUCGAAUUACGGGCGCGAUAUCUCGUGCUUACAUGAUUUCGAAAAUAAGAAAACGAAAAUGAAGACACGAAAAAUAUCCAUAAUAAUUAUAAAAUGCCUGUUCCUUGGAGAGCAACAUUUAUUCAGACGGCUGUCUUCAUAUUGAUCCUUGAUGCGGUACAAAACUCUGAACCUGACAAACGAAUAUCGGCCUUCAUUAACGGCGACUUCAUAAUAGGCGCUCUCUUUCCCCUGCACCACCAGCCCUCAUCAAAGACAAGACUAAUUGCCAGUUUGGGCAUUAAAUGCGGUGACAUCCGUGAGCUGUAUGGCAUCCAAAGGGUCGAAGUGACACUUCAAACAUUAGACAAAAUUAAUAGGGAUCCGAAUUUAUUGCCCAAUGUGACGCUGGGUGUGGAAAUACGCGACGAGUGCUGGUAUGCACCGGUGGCGCUUCAGCAGAGCAUCGAGCUCAUUAGGGACGCCAUCACACCUGUUUCAACGUUGAGUUCAUGUGCCGACUUAACUGGGUCCGAGACCCGGGGCCCAUUGAUUGGUGUCGUGGGUCCCGGUUCCAGUUCGGUCGCUUUGCAGGUUCAGAAUCUGCUGCAAUUAUUUCACAUGCCUCAAAUCGGUUACUCAACCACCUCCCGGGAUCUAUCUGAUAAGAGCAGAUUUAACUACUUUCUAAGGGUCGUCCCCUCCGAUUACUAUCAGGCGCAAGUUAUGUUGGAUAUUGUACGGUACUUUGGAUGGAAGUAUGUGUCAGCAGUUAAUACAGAUGAAAACUAUGGACAAUCCGGGAUACAAGCGUUUCGGGAACUGGCAGAGGAAGCGGACGUUUGUAUAGCCAGAGAGGAUUCGGUCCUAAGCAACGCCGCCGACGAAACCUUCGACAAAGUCAUCCUGAACUUGAGGCAGGAUCCAAAUGCGGUUGUCGUCGUGUGUUUUUGCGAGGGCCUAACCGUGCGGGGCUUACUGAAAGCCACCCGACGGCUCAACAUGACCAACCAUUUCUUGUUCAUCGGAAGCGACGGCUGGGCAGACCGCAGCGACGUAAUAAAGGGUUACGAGGAGGAGGCCUGGGGCGGCAUCUCCAUAAGGAUCCACUCGCCGCACGUGAAAUCCUUCGACGACUAUUACUGGUCGCUCGAUCCGGAGACCAACACGCGCAACCCCUGGUUCAGGGAGUUCUGGGAGUCGCGGUUUACAUGCACUCUCGACGAACCGAACAUUUCUACGUCAGCGCAAAACACCGAGGCCACCGCCAAACCCAAUGAGAAUAUAUGCAGCAGUGACCUAAGCCUGGCGGACAAAUACCGGCAGGACGCAAAGCUUAGUUUCGUGAUUAAGGCCAUCUACAGUCUGGCUUAUGCCCUACACGACAUGCAGCAGGACAUAUGUGGCCACGGCUACACCGGAAAGUGUGACAAGCUCCUUCCCUUUAAUGGAUCUUUAUUUAAGAACUAUUUAAUGAACGUAUCCUUCGAAUAUGACGAGGAAAUAAUAGAGUUUGAUGAGAACGGUGAUCCCCCAGGACGUUAUGAUAUAAUGAAUUACCACAAGCUAGGUGAUGGUACAUUUGAUUACGUUCAAGUCGGCAACUGGAACAAUCGUAGCCUGCUUUGGAACAAUUCCCAGAUGCUGCAGUUCGGCCGACAGGGCAACAUACCGCCCAGGUCGGUUUGUUCGGAGGAAUGCCCAAAAGGACAUUACAAAAACGUGCAACAGGGCGGCAAGGAUAAACGAUGUUGUUGGGUAUGCGUGCCGUGUCCGGGGGGCCAAAUCCUAGUCGAGAAAGGGGAGAAGUGCCAGCAGUGUCCUUUAGGUUUCGUGCCGAAUGAGCAGCGAACAGAAUGUCUGCUGUUGCCCAUCGAAUACACGCAGUGGUUUGACACACAAGCCAUUGUUGCUAUGAUUUUCGCAUCAUUGGGUUUCCUGAGCACGUCGUUCGCGUUCGUGGUGUUCAUGAAAUAUAACAACACGCCCGUUGUUAAGUCUUCCACCAAAGAACUGUGCUACAUCAUACUGGCAGGAAUGACGGUGUCCCACGGUUCAAUUUUUGCAAUCCUGGCUAAACCCUCAGUGAUAACGUGUUCAUUAACCCGCCUAUUACCAGGGUUAAGUUUCGCAAUGAUCUACGCCGCACUAUUGACCAAAACUAAUCGUAUUGCACGGAUAUUGGCGGGCAGUAAGAAGAGAUUCCCAACGAGGAAACCCUUGUUCAUGUCAGCUACCGCUCAAGUCGUUAUAACUCUGUUGCUAAUAACGGUGGAACUUUUAAUCUCUGGGAGCAUGCUGCAUUAUCAGUCACCAAACAUUGACUAUGUGUAUCUCAUGAACCGCACACUGUUGGUUUGUAAUACCACUGCGGAGAGCAUUGUGACCCCGCUGGCGUUUGAUUUCUUCCUUAUUAUACUGUGCACGCUUUAUGCGGUUAAGACAAGGAAUGUUCCAGAAAAUUUUAACGAGGCCAAAUUCAUCGGAUUUGCCAUGUACACGACAUGCGUUAUAUGGAUUGCCUUUGUCCCCAUCUAUUUUGGAAGUGACUCAAAGGUCAUAACAAUGUGCAUGUGUGUGACUUUAAGUGCAAUGGUCACUUGGAUCUUCCUGUUUCUACCGAAAUUGUACAUAAUUAUCCUGCAACCGGAACGCAACAAUAGGGCAUUGUUCACAACUAGUAAAACCAUUCGUUGUCAUAUCGGUUCCAGGGUGGCGACCGCCAUUUCAGAGAAGAGUUCGACCAACAGUUGGAGGGAGAGUAGCACAUCCGCCAAAGAUAUAGACAGAAGUAGUACCAGAGAAAUUGUUCCACAAAAAAGGUCGCUGUCGUGUCAGACUGGUAGCGAGCUGCUUCAAGUCCUCUUGAACCCGAAGGCCCUCAUGGAAGCUUGUUCGCCUGUGCACACCCCGUGUGUGCCAAGGAUAACGGAGAGCGCUUGCUGCGAAGCCGACAACUGCCAAGUGAAAAGGAUCACCAUUGAAUUGCCGCACAACACUAACGGAAGCGGAUACUAGCCUAAUUUUAUGAUAAGUGUUUACAUUCUUCCUCUACCUCGUUCUCGUUUAAACUGUAGAAGAAACAAACGGACCAUGUAAGAAAGUUUAAGUAAAUAAAAUGUUUUGUUAUUCUUUCGAGAUUAAAGUUUUGUAAAUAACUAGACUUGAAUGCUAAGAAUAAUUAUAGUAGGAUUCAGCGGGUAUGUAU